CAGACCUAACCACCAAAGAACAAGACAAGAGCAAAAAGCCAGCACGCAUCCGCAACCAUGUCCUCCCCAACCGCCGCCUCCUCCUUUGGCGUAACCACCGAAUCCACCACGAUCACCGACCUCGGCGUCUUCCGUGCCCAGGGCUCCCGCAACCACCAGGAAGACCGCUAUACUGUCCUCUCCCCCUCCUCGGACCCCGCCGGCGAUAUCCCACCCAACUACGCCUUUUACGCAAUCUACGACGGCCACGGAUCCGCCGCAGUUUCCUCCCACGCUCGCGCAAACCUUCAUAAAUAUUUAUUUGGGAGUAAGGCAUUCAGGGAGGGUGAUUUGGAGGGCGCGAUGAGGGAGGCGUUCAAGAAGGAGGAUGAAGCGUUGUUCGAGAUGUUACUCGAGGUGAAUGACGAGGAGUGGCGGAAAGGCGGAUCAACAGCCUGUGCAGUCCUCCUCGACCUCUCCUCCUCCCGUCUCGUCGUCGCGGACGUGGGUGACUCCCGCGCAGUCCUCGCCGUCUCGUCGGAGGGAAAAUUAACCCCCCUCCGCCUCUCACGCGAUUUCUCACCGACGGAUCCGGAUGAGCAUGAGAGGAUUGAACGAGCGGGAGGUCAGGUGGAUAAUGAGACCCAUCGUGUGGGCGGGAUAAAUAUGUCUCGUGCGUUGGGUGAUUUCGCGUAUAAAACCCCUCUGGUGGAGUCGAGAGACCCGCCGCCUGCGAUUCGGGUUGCGAGGGCUGAGGGGAGGGAAAUCACCUCUGACCUCAUCUCGCGUGUGCCAUUCGUCCGAUCGUUCGACUUGCACCCGCCAAGCCACCACACCGAGGGGAAGGAGACACCAUUCCUAGUCCUCGCCUCAGAUGGUGUCUGGAAUGUGUUGUCCGACGAAGAAGUCGUCAGGAUUUUGGGAAAGGGGAUUAAGGCUGGAUUGAAGUUGGAGGAUUUGGUGAGGGAGGUUGUGGAGACGCUUGGGAAGAAGGAGUUUAGUGAUAAUGUUAGUAUGGUUUGUGUUAGGUUUGGGUGAGUGGGCGG